AUGGGUAAAAGUAGCAAGGAUAAGAGGGAUCUUUACUAUCGGAAGGCCAAGGAACAAGGCUUUAGAGCUCGUUCAGCUUUUAAGCUUUUGCAGCUGGAUGAACAAUUCCAUUUUUUAGACAACGUCACCAGAGUAGUGGAUCUGUGCGCAGCCCCGGGUUCGUGGUCCCAAGUUCUGUCGAGACGCCUUUUCGAAGAUGACCCCGAGAAUGCAGCAUCGAAACGCAUAGUCGCGGUGGAUCUACAACCAAUGUUCCCCAUUGACCAUGUCAUCACGAUACAAGCCGAUAUAACGCAUCCUAAGACGCUCAAUAAGAUCAUGGACCUAUUUGAGGGUGAAAAGGCAGACUUUGUGUGCAGUGACGGUGCUCCAGACGUCACAGGACUGCACGAUCUGGACGAGUAUGUCCAGCAACAGCUGAUUCUCAGUGCGCUACAAUUGACUACCUGCUUAUUACGCGAAGGGGGUGUAUUCGUAGCGAAGAUCUUUAGGGGCAGAGAUAUUGACAUGUUGUACUCACAACUGGGGUACCUGUUCGAACGGGUAGUUUGUGCAAAGCCCAGAUCCUCCAGAGGAACUUCUCUCGAAAGUUUCGUUGUUUGCUUGGGAUACAAGCCACCAACAAAUUGGAAGCCUCAUCUUGACGUAAACAUGUCUGUAGAGGACUUUUUCCAAGGCUGCGAAAUAGGCAGGUUGACUCUGGACGAUAAGCUUCCUGAAUAUCACGAGGAGGCCAGAAGCAUCGCCGACUUCAUUCUCUGUGGUGGUCUCGACAGUUUUGACUCUGACGCUACUUACCACGACAUACCGGCAAAUUCCAUUACCUUGGACCCAGUUCAGCCGCCAACAAACCCACCCUACAAGCGGGCAUUGGAAUUGAAGCGGAAGGGACAAUUGACGAGAUCCACAUAA